UCUCGCUCCACCUCCACCGUCCUUACCCAAAAUCCAACCAUCGAUCUGUUCCCUAACAAAGUGAGCUUCAUUGAAACCACCGGUGGCAUAUCUAAGCCUCAUCAGAGCGGCGACGACGGCGAUGAAGUAUAUCAAAGCCACUCCAUUAGGAAAGCCGCCCACGACCUAAAGUUCUUACUGCAGUUGAGAUUCACGAAUGGCAAGACAACCUCAAUCUUUCUUUCUUGAAGAAUGGCUACGAAGCAUUAUUAUUGGCAGCAGCAACAAGGAAGUUUCAGUGCAUUCUUCAUCAUCUGCUCAGGCAAUAAUCAAGGCUUGGGCUGACCUUAGAGAUGCUCUCCAAACUCAGUCUUUCCAUGCUCACCACGUUCAAGCCUUAAAAGUGCUUGUCGAUUCUCAAGCAACUCUUCAUGUUGCUGAUCCACAAGCAAAGCUAUUGAUUUCUAUAUUAUCUUCACAGCUGUCUGUACCACCAGAAUCUUACUCCUUAUUCUUUAGGCUUCUUUAUAUUUGGCUGAGGAAAUCGAGGCAAACUUCACAAGCUGUUGAUUCUGCUGCCAAUGUGAUCUUACGGCUAUUCUCUCAGAAGCCUAAUGUUGAAAGAAACUCAUAUUUCUUCUCUGAAGGUAUCCUUCUCCUUGGUGCUCUCUCUUUCCAAACUUCUGCAUCCGAUAAAUACAAAAGGCUCUGUGUUGAAUUGCUUUCUAAGUUACUGGAAGAAACAUGUGAAUUUAUUUUCUCAACCGAUGAGUUGGCUUCAAGUGCUCUUGCGGCUGCUGGUUAUGCUCUUUCUUCCUCUGUGGAUGUAUAUUUCAGAGGAAUUUUAGAUUUAUUGCUCAGAAUUUGGGGUCGAAAAAGUGGUUACUCCUGCAACAUUUCACAAGGACUCAUGCUACUUCAUGUGAUUGAAUGGGCUCUAUCUAAUUCAUUGAAUUCGCGUUCGUUGAAUAAAAUUGAUUUUGUAAGAGAGGUUUUGGAACAAGUUAAGAUGGAUUAUUCUUCAUCUGCCGUGGUCAUGGUAGCAGCUGGAGUGCUGAGGGCUGUGAAUAGAUCUGGAUCUAGUGGUUUCAUGCAUCUUAAAAUUUCAGCUGAAAAUUGCAUCGAGAUUGUGGCAGCAGACUUUGUUUCUAGAACUAAACCUCUCAGUUACAUUGACACACAGUCGAUGUGUAAUCCUCUCUGCCAAUGUAUGGCACUAGCUUUGGCUCGAAGCGGUUCAAUCUCUUUCAGAGCUUCUGUACUCGCAACCCUUGCACUGUCAUUGUUGACUGAAGUAUUCCCUUUGCCACGUAUUUAUGGUAAGCUUCUUAAAUUUCCAGAGGAAACUUGGGCAGCUAUAGAAGAUGAGAUCAAAGACCAUCUAAAUAGUGUCAUUUUCAAAGAAGGGGGUGCAAUAACUGCUGCUUUCUGCAAUCAGUAUGCAUUAGCAGAUGAAAAUAGCAGAAUGGCAGUGGAGACGCAAAUUUGGGGUUAUUGUCAGGAAGUUUAUUUGUGGCAUCGGCAAGCAAGGACACUGCUUGUAGGAAGAUAUGACAGUCUAAUUGGAAACAUAGAGAAAAUUGCUGAAUCUGCUUUCCUCAUGGUUGUAGUUUUUGCACUGGGCGUAACGAAACACAGAUUGGAUGGUAGAGUGAACCAAGAAAUUCAAUUAGAAGUCUCAGUAAAAAUAUUGGUCUCAUUCUCUUGCAUGGAAUUUUUCCGUCGUCUACGGUUGCCCGAGUAUGUGGACACAGUUCGAGCUGUUAUUGGAAGUGUUCAGGAAAAUGAAUCAGCUUGUGUCACAUUUGUCGAAUCUAUGCCCUCAUAUGACAAUUUAAUUAACAAUCAUGGUUCUUCUAGCUUGCAAAAAUUGGAGUAUCUUUGGUCCCUUGACGAGGUCCAGACUGCUCGUAUUGUAUUUUAUCUGCGCGUUGUUCCUACUUGUGUUGAUCGACUACCAACCUCUGUAUUUAAGCAGUCAGUGGCUCCAAUCAUGUUCCUAUAUAUGGGACAUCCCAACGGUAAAGUUGCCAGAUAUUCACAUUCACUGUUUGUAGCAUUCUUGUCAUCCGGGAAGGACCCUUGUGUUGAUGACCGAGUUCAACUAAAGGAGCAACUUGUAUUUUAUUACUUAGAGAGAUCUUUAGAGGGAUAUCCUGGGAUAACACCCUUCGAGGGAAUGGCAUCUGGAGUUGCUGCAAUUGUUAGAUAUCUUCCUGCCGGUAGUCCAUCUACAUUUUAUUGCAUCCAUAAGCUUGUUGAGAAAGCAUCUAGCCUCUGCAGUGCAGUCGGGAAUGACGACUGUGAUCUGUGGCAGAACUGGGAAGGGCAGUUGGAGCAUCCUAAGAAGGUCCUGGAUCUGCUUUUACGUCUACUUGCUCUUAUAGAUAUACAGGUUCUACCAAGUUUGAUGAAGUCACUGGCCCAAGUGAUUGUUGAGCUACCGGUGGAGGGCCAGAGCACGAUCCUGAACCAGCUGUAUCAGCAGAUUGCCGAAUCUGAUGAUGUUGUAAGAAAACCGUUUCUGGUUUCAUGGGUGCAGUCUUUGUCUUACCUCUGCACUCAAGAAGCCGAGAAAAAAUCACCAUUAUUGGUUGCGCAAACUGCCUCAGCUGCAACUAAGGAGUCAGCAAGCGCAAACAGGAUAAGUGCACGGCUCUAGACAACACGGUAUGGACUGUUGAAAAUUUUGUUUUUCGAUUAAUGAGGUCCCUUACAUAUUUUGCAAUUCUGAAAUUUCUAAAAAUAUUAAGAAAUUGAAUAUUUGAUGUGAUGUUAGAAAAAUCUAUUGGUGAUGAAUAAUGUCAAAACUUUCAAAGGUAUUCACGGUAAAUGUAGCUAUGAUAUCUGGUCAUGAUCAAGAUGCUGUAAAAUCUCGAUGAUUAGGAACUCUGGAAUGAUGCAUCUCGGCAACUCUUUAUUCGGCACGGUAGUAAUGAGAUGCUUAUUGAUGUAAGGUACGGACCAUCCUCACUCAGUCUCCUCUUUUUAUUACAUGACAUUCGUAGCAACUUAGCUCUCGCUUAAAUGCUUGACCUCAACAAUGGUGCUUUAGGAAUUAAGAGUAACGACGAAUUCAAAUUCCAAAGGUAGAUUACUUAUUGAUGUAUUUUAAGUACUUAUAAGAUGGGAACUAGUGUAGAAAUUCCGUAUUGGUUUCCUCGAAUGUGCAUGAAAUCUUCGCGUAGAACAUAUGAUGUAGUGAUACUAUGCUCGUAUAUUAGACUUCCGACUGCUAAGGCACAAGGAAACUUCUUCUAUUGGUAUAUUUGUCGACGAACUUUGCCAACUAUAAGUCUAUAAAGAAGAUAGAUAUAGUACAUAGGGUAUGUUUUUUUUUUUUCGAAGUUCUGUAAAUUUGAU